AUGCCGAACGCACUGUCAAUGAGACCCCCGACAUCUUUCCGGGACAAGGAAACCGAACUGGCCAUGCGCAUCACGAAACCCUUCACAGUCGCGGUCGUGGGCGAUCUCAUUCAGGUGGCGCCCUUCGCAAACCGCGACGACCCAGACAUACAGGCGCUGGUUGACGUGAUGCGGAAGGCCGACAUCACGCUGGCCAACAACGAAAACACGAUUGUCGACCGACUCACGUUCCGCGGGCCGAUAUCGCAUAUGGAAGCCCCCGCAGAUAUUGCGGACGACUGGGCCUCGAUGGGCAUCGCCAUGGUGUCCAGGGCCAACAACCACACGUUCGACAACGGCGAGGCCGGCUUGCUCCAGAACUUUGAACAGCUCCACCGCGUUGGCAUCACCUACGUGGGCACCGACUACAACCUGUCCGAGGCGAGGCUGGCUCGGUUUCGCGCCCUCCCGAAGGGAACAGUCGGUUUCGUCGGCGCCUACGCCGAGGUCGAGGACUAUUCUCAACUCUACGGCCUGCCGCGCGGAGACCCGGUCGUCGUGACUAAAGAGCAGCUGCAACAAUUGCAUGCAAUGGAGGAGUCGCUCUAUGAACGGGGAAAAGAGGUUCCAAACCCAAUCGACAGGGACACAAAACGCCCAGAGGGCAGCCUCCUACUCUUCGGCCGGGUCUUCCAGCUGGCAGAAACGGUCGAUGCGGUGACAGAGGAAGCCGUUUCGAUCAAAAAGCGGUUGGAACACCAUUUGAACUCGAAGGGGCCCAUUACGUCGAAAAACAACUCGUUGCGGCUCAAAGUCUAUCAGGGCGUGACUGAGGCACAAAUGGCCCAGCUUCGCAAGAUAGCAGGCGAUGAGGGCAGCGGCUCGACCUUGGAUGCAUUUGAUGUGCACUUCAAGGUGACACCAGGGCCGGGAGAGCUGUCGUACGACAUGAACGAGGUGGACGAGCGAGAGAUCCUGCGCGAGGUCCGAUCCGGCAAGCAAUUCUCCGACUUUGCGGCCUUCACGAUCCACUGGCACCAGAACCGGUACACGUUCCAGAAGUACUCCUUCGACCACUACCCGUCAGAUUACCAGGUCAAGCUCGCCCAUGAGAUCAUCGACAACGGCGCGGACCUCUUCUUCGCCCACGGCGUGCACACCUUAAAGGGCGUGGAGAUAUACAAAGGGAAGCCCAUCUUCUACGGGGUCAACAACUUUGUGUUCCAGAACCAGAGAUUCCGCUCCUGGCGCGAUGACGCCGAGCGACAACCUGCGCCCCUGACGGGCCCGGUCGUGGGCGACGGGGAGAGCAACGAGUCCCGGUGGGCGUGGCUGCAGAGGCCCGAAAACUUCGAGGCCAUCUUGGCCACCAGCAGCUACGAGGACGGCAAAUUGGUCCAAGUGCUCAUCUACCCGGUUGACCUUGGGCUGCGUCGACCGAGCUCAGAAAUGGGCACGCCGCGCCGGCCGUCGCCAGAAAUGGCCCAGAGCAUCCUCGAGCAGGUCGUGGAGUAUUCGAAGCCGUUUGGCACCAAGAUCUCGAUUGAAAACGGGGUGGGAGUCAUCCGUAUAGCAUCUUAG